CGCUCUCUUCCUCAGUCUGACACACAGCAAGCGGCUCAGGGCUGUUCAGUCUCCCUCUGGUGUUAGUGCUACACUGGAUACGGCGGAGCGUGGGUGUCGCAUCCGCCUCGACAUCCGGGCCGUGUGCUGGUGACAGGCGGAAGUGGAGGCGGGCCGCGCUUCCGGUGCCGGUGAGCGCGCGGGUGACGUCACCGCCGGUCCCUCUUCCCACCCCCCCGCCCUCCCGGGAAAUCCAGGCUCUAAUCCCCGGGUCAUGUGUCAAUCAAACCAGCAGCAACAGCAGCAGCCGGCGGCGCUGAAGGGAGGGAAAUGGUGAGAUGUCGUAAAUCUUUGCAUAAUACUGCCACUACAUGUUACAACCUGCACAGAGUUAAAAUUCAUGUCCGGAGGUCCCGUUGCACCGAUGCAAGCCAGGCAGAGCUCCGAGAAGCCGACGGCUCGGUGGUGUCUAAUGGUGCUGCUGGCUCUAGCAGGCGAGCACGCUUCAGGUUACAUUUUCCCCAGUUGGCUUUGCGCCGCAGGCUAGGUCAGCUGAGCUGUAUGUCCAAGCCUGCCCUCAAGCUCCGUACCUGGCCUCUGUCUUUUCUGUAUUUCUUCCUGCCAUUUAGUGUCCUUAAGCCUCUUACUAAAGUAGGAUGGCGACCAACAAGCAGGGUUGGCCUAUAUAAAACUAUUCCCACACGGUUACUAUCCCGUGCAUGGGGUAGACUGAAUCAGGUGGAGCUUCCUACCUGGAUGCGUAAGCCUGUCUAUAAUUUGUACAUAUGGACAUUUGGGGUUAAUAUGAAGGAAGCAGCGGUGGAAGAUCUACAGCAUUACCGAAAUCUCAGCGAAUUCUUCCGCAGAAAGCUAAAACCACAGGCGCGUCCUGUCAGUGACUCUCACUGCGUGAUCAGUCCUUCUGAUGGAAAGAUCUUGCAUUUCGGGAGAGUGAAGAAUUGUGAGGUGGAGCAAGUGAAGGGCGUGACUUACUCAUUGGAGAAUUUCCUGGGCCCUCAGACCUGGUCCGAGAACCUGGAGAUUAGUGACAAUAAACAUGAGACCAGUUUUCAGGACCAUCUGGUGACGAGGGAAGGCAAUGAUCUCUACCACUGUGUUAUUUAUUUGGCACCAGGAGAUUAUCACUGUUUCCAUUCACCUGCUGAUUGGCGAGUUGUGCACAGGCGCCAUUUCCCAGGUAACAGGAAUGCAGACGGGGGCAGCAGGAGUUCCUGAUGCACGGGUUGUUCCUGGCUAUCCUUGGCUGCCCUUGAAG